AUGAAAAAAAACAAAAUAAAUAUAACCUUUGAAAGUAGUAAAAACACUGAUAAUGAUACGUUUGAAAAUAUUAACUCUUCUUGCAAAGAUUUAGCAUCUAUAAUAUGGAUUGAAAAAGAAAAAUUAGAUUCGAUCGUUCAUAUACCAUUAUAUGCAGAUCUAUCCAAAUAUUUUGAUGAUUUAAAUAAAAAUCCCAUAAAUCAGGGGAAUGACACCUCUAUAAUAUCCAAGGUAUAUCUAUUGUUUGAUGAUAACAGUUUUAACAUAGCACUUGAUAUAUCGCCUAUGUGCGGAUAUCGAAAUAAUCAUAUUCCUCUCCUAAUUUACGAUCGUUAUUACUUCUGGAGUCUUCAUUUUUUAUUCGAAAAAUCUAAGGUAAAAAGACAGAGACUAAAUAUAAAUACAAAAUUGGGAAUCCAAGAUUGUAUUAAUAAAUACAAUAUAUAUGACGAAUUGGAUAUGUACACAUCCAUUUACAAUAGCGCUUAUAACAAAUAUGAAAAUACAACAGACAAUCAGUUUAACAGUUAUGAAUUAAAUAAAAGAAGAAAUGAAAAUGCUAAUAAACAUGAUAGUAAAAAUGGUAAUAUGUUUAAUAACGAUCAAAUAAAAUAUUUAUAUUUAAAUGGAUUAAAAAAUAAUAAAAAUAUUUUAGAAGAUAAUUCAAAUGAUAUUAAUGAUGUAAAAUGGUAUCGCUUAAAAAUAAAAAUAGAAGAGGCUGGAAAAAAAAAUAAAAAUACUGAUAAAUGUAACCAAAAAAAGUCCAGCAAUAUUAAUAGCUUUUCUUGUCUUACUAAUGAAAAUGAAAAUGAAAAUUUGAACAAGUUAAUCAAAAUGCAGAAAAAAAAAGCAACAUUUCUUAAUCAAAAUAAAGUAAAAAUGGAAGAUACAGAAAAUAAAAGUCAAAUCAUUAAUAAUAGUAGUUGUAAUACUCAAAAAAAUGAAAAAAAUGGGAAUCAAGAAAAACCAAUUAUCAUUAGUGACACAGAUAAUCAUAUCUCUAUUAAUAAUAAUGCAAAAAGGAAGAAAAGAAAAACAUGGUAUUAUUGUCAUAGUAGUAGUAACGAUAUGACCGAUGAUGAUGAUGAAAAACCCGACUCUAUAGUUGCUAACCACGAAAUUUACAUAGAAAACACCAAUGAAGUCAAUACAGGUGUAAAAGAUGGAGAACAUAAUGAAUAUUUUGAAACUGAUAAAUAUUGUCGAGAAAAUAAUUUCAAUUGUUCUCAUAUUGGUCAAUCCCAAAACAAUAUAUAUGAUGCAAAUAACGAAAUAGACAAAUUAAAAUGUAGGAAUGACGGAAAAGAACUAGAUAAUAAAAAUGAUAAUGAUAAUAGCUCAACAAAAUUAGAAGGAAUGAAAAAUCAUUGUGUCAAUAUAGAAGAUACUACCAUCGAAAAUGAUACCGAAACACAAAAAGAAAAAAAUAAAGAAAAUUUAAAAACAAAAAAUAUUUGUAUUAAGGAAAAUAACACUAAUAAACCGAUAAAUUUAAACGAAAAUACAAAACUUAUUUUAGAAUCAUCCAAAUUAUAUAAAUUAGAGAAUUAUGAAUAUGUAAAUUGUUUUAAAAAUAUGUUUUAUAAUAAUUUAGAAGAUCAACAGAAUAAAAUUAAUAGUCAUAUAUUUAAAAAAAAUAAAUUAGAUAAAGAUUGCAUCGAUAUAUAUAUAAAUAAAAUAUUAAAAAAUAUUUUGGAUAAAAAGAAACCACAUUUAAAUUCUUUAUCUAAAAGUUUUGAGCGAAUUGAAACUUUAUAUAAAAACAAUUAUAAAAUAUUUAUAAUUGAUGAUGAAGAUUUUUACACAUGUGAUAAAAAAGAGCAUUUUAAAAACCAAAAUUAUUUAUACGAAUUAUCAGAUCAAACAAUUGAAAAUGAUGUUCAAAAUUUUGAAGAUAACGAUAUUUUUAAUUACUUUAAAAAAUAUAUACCAACAGAACCCAAUGUCGAAAAUUUCAUUUCGGAAUCUCAAGACAACUAUCAUGCAUUUCAGAAUGAACGUAUUACCACAGAAAAUGUUGAUAUAGAAGGGAAAUCCUAUUCGAGUUUCAAAGAGGGAAUUGAUGUUAAAGAGAAAUUGAAAACGGAAGGAAAUGUCUUAUCAAAAGAAGGCAUAACAGAGACAAAUCACCUAACCCAAAACAGCAUUCCUACUGAAUUCAACAAAGAUUGCAAUGAUCAGAAACUAGAAGACAUAUCUGAAAACACAGAACUAGUUACAGAUACAGAUAUUAUAUUUGCUUUUAUUAGCAAAAAACAUAAAUCCUUAGAAAAAAAACUAAAGCAAGGAGAUUAUAUAUAUAUUAAAUUUAAUGAUACAGGUCAUAGUUAUGAUAAGGUAAAAAUAUUACCGAAAAAAAUUAUUAUACAAAUUUUAAUUUAUUUGAUAAAAAAUACUGAAAAUAUAAAAUUAACAACUAUUUCUACCUAUUCUCCUGACCUCUUGUGGAACAUUUCUUUACAUUUUAGAAAAUAUAUCAUCGAUCUAGAUAUAUGUUUUGAAAAAUUAUAUAAAUUUUUUUCUGAAAAAAGAGAACAAGAAAAUGAAAACGGUGGGAAGAAAGAAGCAAAACAAGGGCUUGCAGAUUUUUAUGAUUCUUGUAUUUCUUAUUACGGAAAGUCACAAAAUAAAAAACAAGACAUAGAAAUUAUGAAAUUAAAAGAUAGUGUAAAUUUUAUUGAUAAAUUUCUUCAAAAUAUAAAUAGCAGAAAAAUCGAAAAAUUAAAAAAAUCCAGGAUAGAAUAUUAUGGAAAAUAUGAAUAUGAUAGAACCAUAAACAAAUUAAAUAAACAACAGCUUAUUGAUCUAUUCAUUGAUAAAGAAGCUGAAAUUAAUACCAUUCCAUUAUCUUACUUAAAAGAAAAAAGUAGAAAUAUUAUAUAUGAAGAAAAUCUUAAAAUGAAUAUGUUUGCAUGUAUAAAAGUUAUUUUUGACUCUACAAAAGGUAGAUGCAUAUAUGCAGAUACACAAAUUAAUAAAUUUGAUUUUGUUUUUGAAUAUGUUGGUGAAUUAUUAACACAUAAUGAAGCUAUGGAACGAGAGCAAAUAUAUAUUAAAAAUAAAAAAAAAGGUUGUUACAUGUUCUAUUUUAAACAUGAAAAUAAAAGAUAUUGUAUAGAUGGAACUGAAGAAAGUAUAGACGCGGCUAUCAAUUAUACUAAUAAAAAAUAUUUCUUAAGAUCUUUUGCUAGAUUAGUAAAUCACUCAAAAAAAAACUCAAAUUUAAUUCCUAAAGUACUAACCGUUGAUUUUUUACCCAGACUUUUUUUCAUCGCCUCUAGAGACAUACAAAAAGGAGAAGAAUUGCUAAUCGAUUAUGGUGAGAGAAAUCGAGAAAUAAUUAAAGAUAAUGAAUGGCUUAAGCUAUGA